AUGAGCUCCCCAACUGCCUCUGUUAAGUCUUUCGAUGAUUUUUUUCGGGUCGGUACACCCUCACCUACCAUGGAAGCGUCAUCAGUUGCCGCCACUCCAGCUCCGUCGUCCACUAUAGGUGAUGUCGAUCACCUUAGCCUCAAUGAUGGGACUGAGGAGACUGGCUUUGAAACCGGUAUGGGGACCUCGAAUGCAUUACCCAAACAUGCUCGACCUAUAUUAUUAACGACAGGGUACCUAAGUAAAGGAUUCACUGAGAGGUCCGAAGGGUUCAAAGCAGAACUUGCUAUUGCCAACAAGACAUUUUUCCCAACUCCCAGUGACACCGAUAAUUCGCUUGAUACCAAAACCAGAAUUUACAUGGAAGUUUUCAACAAGGUAUUGACGAGUAAUAUAACCGGUCAUAUAAAAAUCAAUCCAAGAGUCUCAGGCGAGAUUCAACUUAGGGAUUGCCCCAGAAUUACAGAUAUGUCGGAAGCUCAAUACUUGAAAUCGGUAUCUGAAGAAGCUCAACAAUUAUAUACUGCCAUCUUCCCACCUGAUUCCGAGGGAAAGGCAGAUGGUACAUUUGAUGUUGAAACACUUCCAAUUGGUGAUUUCUUGAAUCACGAACCGAAGACUAAUCCUGAUGAACUGAGAUAUAAACCUUACGAUAAGGUCAGAUACAAGGAGGAAAUCGAUAGAUGA